AUAUUUCUAGAUGUAUGUAUAAAAAUUCUCAUAUUAAGAAGUUUUAUUCUACGAGUUUGUGUACUCUAUAGGCUUUUCCAAUGGCUAGAGUUUACCCUCAAACAUCAAUUUCUUCUUCUUCUUCUUUUUCUUCCACAGAUUCAUACAUGACUAUGAGAAGAGAAACAUUCACUUUAUGGAUGAAAUCUCUAGUCUACCAUGGAAAUGGCUGCACUGUUUUUGACUCAAAAGGCAAUAUAAUUUACAGGAUUGACAACUACAACAGAAAAUGUAGCAAAGAAGUCUAUCUCAUGGAUUUACAAGGCAAAGUUCUCUUCUCCAUCAGACAAAAGAAACUUCAAGUUUUUGGACAUUGGCAUGGCUAUAAAUGGAGCAAUGAUAAUUUGAUUGAGAUACCUUGGUUCCAAGUAAAGAAAAAUGGUUAUUUCCUAUGGGGAGAAUACUUAAACUAUGAUGUUACUUUAUUAGGAUUUGAUGAAGCUGAAACAAGCUGCUAUAAGAUUAUAGGUUUACAAGGCAAAUCAGAAUUCAAAAUUGUCAGCAGAGAAAACAAACUUAUUGCAGAGGUAAAACAAAAAAAAUCAUCUUGUGGAGUUCAAUUUGGAGAUGAUGUGUUAAGUUUGGUAGUGGAACCACAUGUUGAUCAUUCAUUAGUAAUGGCUUUUGUGACUGUUUAUGGCUUGAUACAACAAAGGCUAUGAGUGUUCCUUUUUAUUUUUAUUUACACUUUUUAAUCUUUCUAGGAAAAUUGCCGCGUAACGGGAUUUUGAAUUAGUCGAGUUAAUGAGUUUUGAAUACCGAAUGAGUUUCAGAGUGUUGGUUGCAAUAGUUUAAAGUGCACAAAUGUAGACAAAAACAUAGAUAGUUUAGAGUGUAUAAAUGUACAUUACUGAAUGGUGGAUUUCAAUGAUGAUUGGAAAAGUA